ACCCCAGUGCAAAAUUGUAACCUCAAAAUUUUUAAACACCUGAAAAUUCUCGUACUUAAACUCUGGUUCCCUGCUAUAUCCUCGCUCAACUCUUUAAUCCAUUUAUUUGUUUUGGUGGGCUGUUCUCAGCAUACAAUAGCAAUCGAUCAUUCUGCAAGAAUGGCGUCUUCAUCACCGAAUUUAUGGGUUUUAUUGGGGCUUGGGAUUGCGGGGAUACUGAUUAUGACGAAGAAGCUGAAGCGGGCGGUGAGGGCUGACUUCGGAGCGUUUAUAGAGCGCCUACAGCUGUUGCCGCCGUCGCAGCCCCUCCCUCCCAAAGCUCCCCACCCUCUCACUGGCCUAUCUUUUGCGGUUUCUGAUGUAUUUGAUGUUGAAGGGCUUGUAACUGGGUUUGGCAAUCCAGACUGGUCCAGGACUCAUGAACCUGCAACUCGGACAUGUCCUGUGGUUGCCGCCCUUGUUGAUGGAGGUGCUACAUGUGUUGGAAAAACUGUCGUGGAUGACAUGGCAUUAGGUGUUAGUGGAGAGAACAGGCAUUACGAAUCACCAACUAAUCCUGCCGCACCUGCACGGGUACCAGGUGGAGCUUCGAGUGGUGCUGCUGUUGCUGUUGCUGCUAAGCUUGCUGAUUUUUCAUUAGGCAUAGAUACUGAUGGUGGUGUGCGGUUGCCUGCUGGAAACUGUGCCGUGGUUGGCUUUCGACCAUCCCAUGGGACUGUCUCCCUUUCUGGGGUGAUUCCUGUUUCAGAAAGUCUUGACACAGUUGGAUGGUUUGCAAAGGAUCCUAGUGUACUUCGUCGUGUUGGUCAUGUGCUGCUGCAGGUCCCAUAUGCUGCACAGCGCAAGCCAAGGACUUUUGUCAUUGCUGAUGACUGUUUUCAAUUAUCCAAGCUUCCUGCAGACCGGACUCAGGUGGUGAUAAAGUCCAUCGAAAAGCUUUAUGGAAGACAAGUUCUGCGGCAUGAAAAUCUAGGCGAUUAUAUAAAAUUGAAGGUUCCAAGCCUAAAAACAUUCAGUGUCGGCCAAUCAAAUGGUGAUGGGAAAUCUUCUCCAUUAGGAAUGCUAGCAAAUGCCAUGCAGAUAAUUAAAUGUUAUGAGUUCAGGCAAAAUCAUAAUGAAUGGAUCAACUCAGUAAAGCCUACCCUGGAUCCUGUUAUCUCAGCACAAUUACGGGAAGCAUCGGAUUUAACUGAUGCCGACGUUGAAAAAUGUCGCACAAUCAGGAUCGAAUUACGUUCUGCUAUAGAUGCCCUUGUAAAGGAUGACGGGAUAUUAGUUAUUCCUACUGCCCUUGGGCCUCCUCCAAAACUUGAAGCCAAGGAGAAUUAUUCUAAGGAAUAUUUAAUUCAGGCGACUACCCUGUCAAGUGUAGCUAGUAUGUCAGGCUGUUGUCAGGUUGCAGUACCACUGGGAAUCCAUGAAAAGUGCCCAGUUUCUUUGUCGCUUCUUGCCAGACAUGGGGCUGAUAGGUUUCUGCUAGAUACACUACAGUCUAUGUAUACAUCAUUACAGGAACAGCUUGAUACAGCUUCAAAGCCUAAAGUAUCUAGUAAAGCUAUGACAAAUGAAGAGUCUGCUAAUAUUGCCAAAGAAAAGGGCAAUCAAGCAUUCAAAGAUAAACAAUGGCAGAGAGCUAUUGGAUUUUAUACAGAAGCCAUCAAGCUCAAUAGUACUAAUGCAACUUAUUAUAGUAACAGGGCUGCAGCUUACUUGGAAAUUGGAAGCUACAUCCAAGCUGAAGCAGAUUGUAGCCAAGCGAUUGAUCUCGAUAAAAAGAAUGUAAAGUCCUAUCUGAGGAGAGGAACAUCACGUGAAAUGUUGGGCUACUAUAAAGAAGCAAUGGAUGAUUUUGGAUACGCACUCGUUCUUGAGCCAAACAACAAAAGAGCAUCUCAAUCUCUGGAGAGGCUGAGGAAGUUAUUCCAGUAGUUGAUCAGAUAUACCUCAAUUUUCCAUAGAUGUUGUGUAAACGGCCCGGUCACUCAUUAAUUCGUUUCAUUCAAGCAACUUCCAGUUACCAAUUUGCUACGAAAUCUUGGAUGGUAGCCGCCUUUUUGUCAUGUGAGAGGGCCAGAUGAGAGAUGGUCAGGCACAGUCCCCACACACUCUUUAGUUAUAGUAUAUGCCAUUUAUUUGUUUAUUGUAGCUGCACCUUCUAUUUAUCUGGGAUAUGGGCUGUGUUUCAGUUAUAAUUCCCAAACCUUGUUAUGGAGUAUACUAUUUUUCGGUUGAUUGAAGUUUUGCUGUGCCUUAGCCAACAAUAAAAGGCUCGAUUCUCUUA